AUGUCCGGAAAGUCUUACACGUCGGGAAGCAUGCGCUCGUGCGCUGGCUCCGUGCGGUUGGGCACGGCAUCCGGCCACGAGGUGGUGCUGGACGCGCUGUACGAGCGGAAGCGCGACAAGAAGAGCGUUCGCGUGCUGACCGUCAUCAUAUACGUAUUCUGCGUGUCGCUGGCCGCGAUAAUGCUCUCGCUCUACUACGUGUUCUUCUGGGAGCCCAAGGACGCGCAAUACGCGCAGCGCAAGGUGUCAAACACAGUCACGCCGCAAAUCAGCACUACACCAAUGCCCACUUGCUUUAUGCCCCACACCGGAGGAAGCAAUACCCAAGUGACUUCAACGACCAUUCCACACACCCUAAAUAACUUCACUGACGUUUCGAAUACUAAUGAAAACAAUGGAACGACUACUAAUGUAAUUGAAGACUCUUCUCCACCGACUACCCCUAGAGACAACGAAACAAUUACUGACCUUGAAGUUUCUAACGGUACAACGGUUACAUGACGUUUUGAAAAACUUUUACGUAAAAUUCACAAUAAAACUGUUUGCAGUUGAGUAGUGUCUACGAAGAUGAGAUUAUUCUGUCUGAGUAUAUUGGUCUUAUGUGAUUACAUGUAACGAUUGCCGUCUAUAGAGUCUAACUUGAAUUGUGAUACAUACGUUAUGCACUGAAGUACUACAAUAUGUCAGCUACUAGAGUCGCAAAAGAUCUCUAAAGUAAUUAGUGUAGCAGAAAUUUUGAUUGAAUAUUUAAGCGAUGUUAACACCUACAUACAUAGCAAUCAUUGUCUUUUAAAAGUUACAAAAUAUAAUAAUAUUAACAGCACUUCGUUGUUAUUAAACUUUGAACAUUCGCUUAACGUAGAGUUACUUUAACCUAUAAUAGUGCCUAUUGUAUUAUAGACAGACAUGCCAUUGACACUACUAAUAAUAAAAUUGAAUAGAAACAUAAGUCUAUGUAAUUGUAAAGUCAGUGAUACGCGUUUUGAGUAACGUUAACUAAAACACCAAUAAUUAGGUAUAACAUAACACACAUAAAAACACAAUAAAAACAUAUAUUACGAUACAAUUAAUAAGAUAUCGUAAAAUAGCAUAUUUGAUUACAUAUUCAUUUAUAUGUAAUUAAUCAUUGUAUUUACAGAUAAACUAGUGUACUCACAAUAUUUUUUAUUAGCAAAAUUACAGUCAACUUUAUAUAGUGAGUUUAGAAAGAGUCGAUCAAAAUCUGAUUUCCAUUUUUUUUAAAACGGUAAACAUUUAUAGAAGAUAUUACAAUAUUUAUUAAAAGGCAAAAUGAUUCUCAAAAUUAUUUAGGUAAACAACUAUAUGCUAUGGAUAUUUUUUAUUUUUAGGAUAUAAAUGAAGUAUGAAAAUUUAAGAUGUCUCGACAAAUAUGUGGUUUUAAAAAUAAAAACUAAUUUACUAAAUUUUAAUCUAAACAAUCCAGAUGCUAAAAGUACUUAUUAUAGAAUCCUAAUAUUGUUAGCAAUUAUAUUAUAUAUCCAAGAAUAUUAUUACAAAUUAAGAUUGUUGUUUACAUAUUUAGUAAUUAAGUUCUUAAGAAUUGUUAAAUGUGUUUGUAGACGUUCUUUGUUUUGUGAAUCGACAACAGACGGUUGCAAGUUUAAAAAAAAUAGGUCGACACUGUUGACGCAACAAACUGUAGGGCUCGAGAAAACGUAUUAAGCUCCAACCCUUCUCUUAUAUCGAGAAGAGGCCUUUUCCCAGCACUGUAACAUUCACAGACUGAGUCUGAUGAUGACCAAUUUAGUUCAGUAGGAGGAUAACGUGGCGAACGAAGCUUCAACUGUUUUUGUUCAGUUCAGAGUGGCCUCUGCCCAUUAAUGGGAUUGUAUGUAUAUUGUCUUUUGUAAUUAUACAAUACAAAGUGCAAAAAAAAAUCUAUACAAAUCUGUUAAAAAAAUUUAUGUUACGACUUAUUAUAACGUUACGUUACUUGUCAACAAUAUAUGGAAAUAUGAAGAUUAAAAAUAUAGUAAUAAAGUGUAA